UAGUCGUGCUUAGUGUAAGCCAGUCUGUGAUUGGCUUUCGGAGAGCUAGCAUCGUAAAUGUGUAGAACAAUGCGAAAAUGAUAUCAUUCGACGCGGGAGGAAAAUCCGCAUGAUGUAAGAAACAGGUCAAAAUUGUCGAGAAAAGUGGAUUGAGCGAAAAGCUGCGGCUUUAAGAUAUUUGUUUGCAGUUAGUGAAGAUGAUUGGAUUACGAUUGGUGUAUCGGCAAAAAAGAAGAUUUCAGUCAAUUUUGAGAACCAGUGCUUCGGUAAAACAACUAGGUCUGGUUGUGGUGUUUGGUGUGAUUGCUGUUGGUAUACUGAACGGAUGUGACGCCGUUCCAAGGAAAGAUGGAUUGGUGGAUUUGAUCGAGGAGUUCGGCAUACCGAAGCUUCCAUCUGGCGUAACGCCGGUUUCUGGUAUGUGCAAUGAGACCCGCAAUGAGUACCAGACGUACCCCGCAGCCGCCUACAACCUGAAUCAGAAUACUGUACUUAGCAUUGGCACAUCGCAGAUUUUUGCAGAUGAAUUUCCUACAGAUUUCUCCCUAAUGGUUGUCCUGAAAGCAACCCCGAAUCUGGUUCGUGUGCCCUUGUUCACGGUGUAUUCAUCUGACUCCGAGGAAGUUCUCAUGCUUAUGGUUGGAAUGGAGGUUGCAUUGUAUUACCAGGAUACCGAGGGGAUGCCAGAGGAAGACAGUCUGGUUAGCUUCGGAGUUAGUAUAGACGAUGAACGGUGGCAUCGGCUCGGUGUCAGUGUUAAGGGUAAUUCCGUUACCUUGAUAUUGGAUUGCAACACGCAGAUUACGCGACAACUGAGUCGUGGUGCAAAAUCUCAUGUUGCAAACGAUGGCUUGAUAUUAACUGGUGUGCAGCUAAAUGAAGACGAUGGAUUUUUCACGGGCGACAUACAAAUGUUUAUGAUUUCGAGUACACCAGAUGAGGCAUACCACGUAUGUACAAAAUACGCUCCAGAUUGCAUCGGUUGGAGUGGUGUUGAAGUUGUAUCCACUUCUUUCGCUGCAUAUAAUAGCAGCAAUCAGACCUCGUCGAGAACCAAUGUGGCAAGUGGAAUAUCUCAGCAAAGUUUUGACGCAACAAGAAGCCAAAUACAAACUUUUACGACUGCUGGUUCAACAAGUCAUCAGCAAUACGGCGAUCAUCGCGAGCUCACAGAUUUGACUGGAGAUAUCGAUGGAUUAGAUAUCAUUGGUGGAGAUGACGAUUAUUACAAUAAUUUAGAACUAGAGGGUGAAGUAAAACCAGUUGAGCACCUGCCUCAGAGUUCAAGCACUCAAAGAAGUACAGAACAUAGAGUUCAAAGCGAGAUCAACAGAACCUUCGAUGGCUAUGACCAGUAUGGAAGGCGUCCCAUUCUGCCGCUCCCUGAUCCUGAAUUUGAUUUGUCCGCUGUACAUAACCCACAACCCAAAGGCGAGCAGCCGCUAGAUGAAGAUAAGCCCGAAACAGUUCCAACAUUUGAAGAUACCUCAGUUUCAUUUCCAGCAUCUAAUCGCACUGGUAUUGUGAUACGUACAAUAGUGGGUCCUAGGGGGGCACCCGGGGAACCUGGUCCCAGAGGCGAACCAGGACGAGACGGUCUACCGGGACAAAAUGGCCCCCCAGGGGCACCGGGCCAUGUAUUCAUGGUUCCAUUGAGUCAAACUGGCAAUGAAAAAGGACCGGAUACACAAGCAGAAGCAUUCCGUCAAAUGCUUUCACAACAUAUGAUGGCUAUGCGAGGAGCAGAUGGGCCGAUGGGUUUGACCGGCAUUCCAGGAGCCGUUGGACCACCGGGACCAGAAGGUAUGAAAGGAGAGUUGGGUGAAAUUGGAGAACCGGGUCCUCGCGGAUUGCGUGGUCCGAUGGGAUUGAUUGGACGCGAAGGACGAAGAGGAAGAGCGGGAAGAGAUGGUGAACGAGGUCCCGUUGGAUUGCAAGGAUUGAAAGGGGAACCGGGCAGUGUUGGGCUUCCUGGAUUUCCUGGGGAGAAGGGUGACCGUGGCCGAAUUGGUAACGUCGGAGAAAAAGGUUCACAGGGCCAUGAAGGACUACAAGGCGAGGAUGGUCCGCCUGGAUUGCCUGGAUUACCCGGAGAACUGGGUCCACGUGGGUUUACAGGACCUAGAGGAUUUCCCGGUCCUACGGGAAAUCCCGGACUGCCAGGUACAGAGGGUUUACCAGGCGUAAAAGGCAAUCCAGGCCCUCAAGGCCAAUCUGGUGCCCCAGGUCAGGCCGGUCCUAUUGGGGCAAUUGGAGCUCCAGGGCCGCAAGGAAACAUGGGACCACCGGGGAUUCCGGGUCCUCAUGGCAAACCGGGCCUUCCUGGAUUGCCAGGAGCGGAUGGAUCACCAGGUCGCGAAGGUAACCCAGGUAUUGCAGGACCAAAAGGAGAUAUCGGUCCGCAGGGUGUUCAGGGUUCAAUUGGAUUUCCGGGAAAUAGGGGUCCUAAGGGAGACGAUGGGGACCGAGGAGCUGCUGGUGAUAAAGGCGACAAAGGUGAAAGAGGUCAUGAUGGAGAAAAAGGGGAUAUGGGACCACCUGGUGAACGAGGAGCUGCUGGACAACAAGGUGCUAGUGGAAUUGAAGGACCAGAGGGACCGAAGGGAUUUGAGGGACCUCGUGGUGAACCAGGAGUAAUGGGUUUAACUGGCGAUAAAGGCAAACAAGGUAUUCAAGGGUUUCCUGGCUACACCGGACCACCAGGGGAUAAAGGCGAUAAGGGAACAGUGGGUGUUAUUGGUUUAGCUGGCGAUAAAGGCGAACGGGGAAACUCUGGAUUGCAAGGUGAACGGGGUGAGGUAGGACCAAGAGGUUUUCGAGGACCUCGUGGGCGUAGAGGAGCAGAUGGAACACCAGGACCAAAAGGCGAUACCGGUCAACCAGGAGCCCCAGGUACGCAAGGUGAAAUGGGUACUCAAGGAGUUGAAGGACCACGAGGCUUCAUCGGACUGCCCGGUCCCACUGGAACCAAUGGAAAAGAUGGACCACAAGGAACACCAGGAGAACGAGGACCAGCGGGUGAAAAUGGAAAUCCUGGACCACCCGGAGCUCCUGGAGUCAUUGGUCCGCAAGGGCCAAAUGGAGAACCUGGUCCUGUUGGUGAACCCGGCAUACCUGGUUUGCCUGGUAUGCCAGGCGAACCAGGCGUUCCCGGUGAUACUGGCAAAGAAGGACAGGUCGGACCACCAGGACCCCCUGGGAAGAAUGGUCCUCCUGGAGGACAAGGUUUACCAGGAUUUCCUGGAGAGCGUGGAACGAUGGGAAUGCCAGGACUUCCAGGACUGAAAGGUGAAAUUGGGGUGCCAGGGCUUCAAGGGCCCGUUGGUGAUAAAGGACAACCAGGAGAACCAGGGAAAGAAGGCCCUCCUGGACCUGAAGGUCGUCGAGGCCCCCCUGGACCAGCUGGUGCCGUUGGUUUGAAAGGAGAGCGAGGUGAAAUGGGGCUGAUUGGACCUAUCGGUCGUGAUGGUCUUCCAGGUCAGCGUGGUUUAACUGGUCCACCAGGACCUCAGGGUCCCCCCGGUGAAGAUGGCGAUAAAGGUGAUGUAGGACCCCCAGGCGAAAAAGGGUUCAAAGGCGCACAAGGAGAAGCGGGCCCCGUUGGAUCCCCGGGUAUUCAAGGAAGUCGUGGUGAGCCUGGUGCUGUUGGCCCCCCAGGAGAAAAAGGUCCGCCUGGUGAAAUGGGGCGUGCUGGUGGGAAAGGCGAAGAUGGGCCAACAGGAUUACCAGGACCACCGGGACCAGCUGGUGCACAAGGAAUGCCUGGUCCUCCUGGAAUAAAAGGUGGUAGAGGAGAUGACGGACCAGUUGGACCAGCAGGUCCUAUAGGGCCACCCGGUGAACCUGGAAGAAGAGGAACCCGAGGGGCAGAAGGUGCUCCUGGCGCACCAGGUGCUACUGGAGCUCAAGGACAUGCUGGCGAACCGGGACCACAGGGACCACCAGGUCUACCAGGGCCUGAAGGAAAAGACGGUGAAAAGGGUGCGGUAGGUCCAAAGGGAGAAGAGGGUAAAAGUGGUGCUCCUGGACCACCGGGUAAACGAGGACCAGUGGGCCCGGAAGGACCCAAGGGAACAGUGGGGGUUCCAGGUUUUCCCGGCAAUCCUGGAGAGCCUGGUGUCGUUGGUCCGAAAGGUGAUACAGGAAAGGAUGGCGAUGACGGAAAACAAGGUGAACCUGGUCUAACGGGGGAGCCCGGUCCUACUGGAUUGCCUGGUGAAAUGGGCCCCCCUGGUAAGAUGGGACCGGAAGGACCAGCUGGUUUGCAAGGCACUACUGGUUUACCUGGCGAGAAGGGUGAUCGUGGCUUACCAGGACCAAUAGGAAAUAUUGGAUUGCCCGGUCCUCAAGGUACACCCGGAGCACAGGGAUUACCAGGACUCAGGGGUUCACCUGGGCCAUCGGGUGAAAUAGGACCUGUUGGUAAACCAGGAGAAACCGGACCUACUGGUAAAACAGGAGAAACAGGUGCUCGCGGACAAAAGGGAGAUCGAGGCAAGCGAGGACCCAAAGGCCACCGAGGUGAAUUGGGUAUGGUCGGGUUGAAAGGGGAUUCUGGAGAAAAGGGCGAUAAAGGUACGAAGGGUAAUCCUGGUCCGGACGGUCCCAAAGGGCCCAUCGGUCCAGUGGGUCCGAUGGGCUUAAAAGGUAAUGAUGGGCCCCAAGGCCCAAUCGGUGUAGAAGGUCAAUUAGGACCGAAAGGAUCCGAAGGUGUGGCAGGACUGAGGGGAGAGCCUGGACCUCCUGGUCCCCCCGGACCACCGGGUCCACCAGCCGAGGCUCCUCUAAUACCUCCUGAGUUGCUAUUCAGGAUGGGCGAACUUUCGUUGACAAAGGGUGAAGAGCGUAUGAAACGAGAAGCAGGGGAUAUUCCUGACGAGGAGGAAGACUUUGAUGAAGAACUGCUCAAAAUUGAACCCAAGAAAAAGAAAAAGAAGAAAAAGGUUAAAGACGAUUUGGGGUCAAAGUUCUUGGAUAUGUACAGCUCAAUCUACUCAAUGCGUCAGGAGUUGAAUCGAAUGAGGAAGCCUGUUGGAACUCGUGAAAAUCCCGGCAGAACAUGUAGGGACUUGCAUUAUGGUCAUCCGCAGUUCAAGGAUGGUUGGUACUGGAUCGACCCGAACUUGGGAAUGGCGGAUGAUGCGGUCUUUGUGUUUUGCAAUAUGACUGCAGAAGGUGAAACGUGCGUCUUCUCCGAUCUGCACAGCUCCCAGAUGCCGAACAUUCCUUGGCGAAAGGAGAAUGACAAGACCGAUUGGUAUUCUAAUCUUAGGGGGGGAUUCAGGAUAUCCUACGAAACGGUUGGAAUUGUUCAGAUGACAUUCCUGCGGCUGCUUUCUCAGGGUGCAUACCAAAACUUCACGUAUACCUGCAUGAACAGCGUGGCUUGGUAUAGUACAGAAGAAGACAACCACGAUAAUGCAAUACGAUUCAUGGGUGAUAAUGAAAUUGACAUUGGGUAUGAGAACACUAAGGUGCGCCCAAAUAUAUUGGUAGAUGGUUGUAAAACGGGAAAGAGCAAAAGUGAAACGGUUUUCGAGAUUCGUACCCAGAAGUUGCAGUAUUUGCCGAUCAUCGAUUUCUACCCGGUUGAUUACGGCGAACCUCAGCAGGCGUUUGGGUUUCAGGUGGGACCCGUGUGCUUUAAGUGAGUAAUGAUAAAAUGAUUACCAGAUCCGGCAUUUACGAAAAAGGAACAGACGAACGAAACGGUAUACGAUCAGAGCUUCGAAGCAUUCGGAAAAUGUUUCCUUUGUAUGUAUAGUGUAAAGGUAUUAAUAGAGAAGAAGUAAUGUUAUUUAUUUUAAGUUAUGUAGUUACUGUAAAACUCACAUGGACAAGAGAAACUAGAAUAAAAAGGGGAGCUAUGCUAAUUUUAGGUUAAGGCGAAACUACAAUGGACUGAUACCAUCUUAAGUCAGGAGAGGAAUCUACCUAUAAAAACAUCGACUUAGUUGUAAAAAUAAUCUAAGCUUCAAGAUUAUAUACACCUUAAUAACACUGCCCGAGACCUGAUUUCCAAAAUUGUUUGAGAAUAAAGCAUUUUAUUUUUCAUGA